AUGUCACCACCUGCACUUGGGUUCAUUGGUCUGGGUGUUAUGGGAUAUCCCAUGGCCCUCAACAUGCUGAAUAGACUUGAAACGGGAACAAGACUGCAUGUGUACGAUGUGUCUAGCCAAGUUCUGGACAAUUUCAAACAAGAAGCUCCCAACCUGGUUUCCAUUUGCUCGAGUGCUCGUAACGUUGCGGAAAGAUCGGAUGUCGUUUUCACAAUUGUCCCAGAAGGAAAGCACGUACGGGCCGUUUACCUUGACGAAGACAACGGAGUAUUAUCUGCGGCGGUAGAAAAUAAGAUUUUUGUUGACUGUUCUACAAUUGACACAAAAACUUCAAUUGAUGUCAACGAGGCCCUACGGAGGAAAUCUACAACGGCAUCCUUCUACGAUGCUCCUGUGUCUGGAGGCUCUCUAGGGGCAGCCGCUGGGACCUUAACCUUUAUGCUAGGCUGCAAUGGGGACGAUCCAAAGCUGCCACUAUUGAAAGAGCUACUAGGUGCCAUGGGAUCGUCUAUCUUCCCCUGUGGCGGAUUCUCCCUUGGAUUGACGGCAAAACUUUGCAAUAACUAUUGCUCCGGCCUCAUCGCCAUUGCUACAGCGGAAGCAUUAAAUAUCGGUAUCAAGUCGGGGAUGGACCCAUCGGUGCUAGCUAGGGUUUUCACGAAAAGCACGGCACAGAGCACGAUCAACGACAAGUGGAACCCUGUGCCAGGAGUUUGCCCAAAUGCUCCGGCUAGCAAGGACUAUCAGGGUGGAUUUAAAGUGCAGUUGAUGAAAAAGGAUUUCAAUCUUGCCGUUGAGAUGGCCAAAAGGGUUGGAGCUCAGCUGCGUCUUGGGGAGCCCGGGCUGGCUGUGUAUAGCGAGGCGAGCGAGAAUAUGGCAUGUCGAGAUCGGGAUUCACGAGUCGUAUUUCGUCAAAUUGGUGGCAUCGAGGAUUGGAAGGAGAAACUAGGAUUACCAAAGUAG